AUCCUGAAUUUUAGAAAUUUUAUAAAGUUUUGAUUGAAUUAUUUAAUGUUCAACUGAGGAGUGUCGUAAUUUUGGCGCCUCUGGUUAAUGGCUAUGGGCUUUGGUUGUGAAGAGAUGGUGAUCGGUUUGAGCAUUCAAGGCUAUUGGAUUUCUCUCGUCAUUGGUUUAGGAAUUUCCUGCACUUAUUGGUCAUGUUUCCUAAUCCAGCGUUCGAUCGGAGGUUGUGCGGAAAGAGAUGGAGUGUGCAGUGCUUUCUGACCCACGUAAUGCAGCUUUUGCUGUCCGAUUGCACUUUCACGACUGCUUUGUCCAGGGGUGUGAUGGGUCAAUUCUGCUGGACGACACUAUAACACUACAGGGUGAAAAAAAGGCUUCCACCAACAUACACUCCCUCAAAGGCUAUAGAAUGAUGGAUAGGAUAAAGAACAGCCUUGAAUCAGAAUGUCCUGGGAUUGUUUCUUGUGCUGAUAUACUCACUAUUGCAGCCAGGGAUGCAGUGAUUCUGGUGGGCGGCCCUUACUGGGAGGUCCCUCUUGGAAGAAAGGAUUCCACAACUGCGAGCUAUGAACUUGCAAACCAAAAUCUUCCCUCUGCCAAUGAGGGCCUUCUGAGUAUCAUCUCCAAGUUUCUUUAUCAGGGCCUCUCCGUAACCGACAUGGUAGCUCUAUCAGGAGCACACACGAUUGGAAUGGCGAGGUGCAAGAAUUUCAGGGAAAGGAUUUAUGGGGAUUUCGAAGCGACUUCGGAUGCUAACAACCCGAUUUCGAAGAUGUAUAUCGAAAAGUUGAGGUCUAUAUGUCCUCCAAUUGGGAAAGAUGCAGAGAAGAACAUAACAGGAAUGGACAAUGUGACGCCAGAGGUGUUUGAUAACUCCUACUUCCAGAUGUUGAUGAGGGGAGAAGGGGUUUUGAAUUCAGAUCAGGAAUUGUAUUCCAGCCUUCUGGGCAUGGAAACCAGGGCGCUGGUGAAGAAAUAUGCCGUUGACCCACUUGCUUUCUUUCAGCAAUUCUCUGAUUCCAUGGUGAAGUUGGGAAAUAUCACCAACUCUGAUAGCUUUUCGAGUGGGGAAGUUAGGAAAAAUUGCAGGUUUAUCAACACAUGAGACGCGGAAAUUUCAAUGUAUGCUUUUUAGCUCACGAUUUUAUGACGAGUAGAUUUUGUCCUUGACU